AUGCCUAUAGAGAGGCCGGAGCCAAAAGCGGCCCCCGUGGACCCGCAUCAGAGCUGGCGCGAGGACCUCGCGGACGUGUUAGACGCGUCCAAGGAGUCCCUGCUCGGGGUCGUGCAACAGAAGCUCGCGGAUGAGGGGAAGGUGCGCGUCUCUCGCGGCGUCCGUAGCCCUCGAUAUCGAUCCCCCGCGCGUCUCGUUCGCCGACGUCGGCCCGUCAAUUAUUCAUUCGCCCGCUCCGUCCUCGUUCCGUCCCGACCGCAGGCGCCGCACGGCCCCGGAAGCAUCUCCGCGCGCGUCGUCCUCCUGUGCGAGAACGCGACUCGGAUGACUUCCAAGGACGACGUCCACGCGCACUGGACGUCGCUGAUCGCGUCCACGGCGUCGGAGGACGACGAGACCCCGGAGACGACGGGGAUCGCGAUCGUGUACCCGGACUGCUCGAUCGUCUCGUUGGAGUCUACGACGCGGCGCGUGAUGGAACUGACGCGCGCGAUAGAGACGCGCGGCGCGGGCGAAUGUCACAAAGGGCCGAUUCGAGUGUGCGCGUCCAUGGAGGACAGCCCGUUCACGGCGUACCCGACCGGGUUCGUGUCCGCGUUCGUCGAGGCCACGACCGCGGAUGCCUACGAGCCGGAGGAGAGCGAAAAUUUAGUCAAAAUAACCGGCGGCGUGAACCUCGCGGUGGUGAAGCUGGGGAGCGUCCUGCAGGAGAUGAACGCGAAAAACGCCGCGGUGGCGCUGACGGACCUGGAGAGAGCGUUCCCGGAAGUUCCAAAGCUCGUGAAGUUGAUGGGGUUGCUGAAGAACGAGGACGGCGCGCCGACGGUGACGGAGUAUUUAGACGCGUACGACGCGAGCUUAAACGUGGACUUGGACGCGGAGAACGUGUGGCCGAUGCCGGAAGCGAUCUCUGCGCCGUGA